AUGACGGACGAGGAAAGUCGGUCCCUAUUGGGCGAACAUGUCAACAGUUCUUCUCGUCAACAAGCGCUAUCUAUAGGUCAACAGCGUCGCUCAUUUGAAGUGUCAUCGGAAUCAACUCCGCUCCUGCAUCGCCGCGAUGAUGAUUUAUCGACAUAUGGUGGCAUAGAUGUACCGCGGGCUUCCUCUCCAACGCCCGGAAUAGUCUCUCCAGCUGGAAAACCGAAAAGACCACGAAAGAAAAUUGGAUGGACCCUGAUAUGCGGCCUGCUUGCUGUCGGUUCCAUAAUCUCAAUCCUUAUCCUAGCCUUUAUUGCCCCCGCGGUUGUAAAGCGAUACGUAAGGGAAGCCACCUUGUUCAAACCGACAAACCUCUCAGUCGAAUCUGCUACAAGUGAAGGGGUUAGGGCAAGAAUACAAGGAGAUGUUGUUCUCGACGCUAAUCGCCUCGGGAGUGGGUCGGUACGAAAUAUUGGACGGUUUGUCACCUGGAUUGGGAGAGAGGUCGAAACAGGCCAAUCUGAAGUAUAUUUAUAUUUGCCGGAAUACGGAAAUGCCUUGGUUGGAUCUGCGUCUCUGCCAUCCAUAAAAAUCAACAUCCGAAACGGCCAUGUGAAUCACCUUGAUUUCGAAGCCGAUUUGGUUGCUGGCAAUGUCGAGGGCCUGCGCUCCGUCGCCGUCGACUGGCUGGAAGGAAAGUUGGACCGUCUAUUACUCAAGGGAAGCGCCGAUCUGCAUCUCAAAUCAGGUUUACUGAGCCUGGGAGAACAGACUUUGGAUCAUUCCGUAGUACUUGAAGAAGAUGACUUCCCAUCGCUACCUGCUGUUGACAUCACCAAAUUCAAUGUACACGAUGUCGAUUCGCCAGAUGAUGAAGGUGCAAUGGCGGUUGAUAUCUCUGUUUCGACUCUGCUCGGUUCUCCGUUCUCCCUACGCAUUCCACCUCUAGGCUUCAAAGCGCUCGUUGCCAACUGCUCACCACGCGACCCCUACAUCUCAGUGGCGGAUGUUGUAACCAAAGAGAUUGCAGUAACCCCUGCUCAAAGCACUGUGGUCGACGUUUCUGGCAUCAUUCGAGGUCUCUCCGAUGAACUCACAGCUAACUGUCCCGGUGAAACGAGGUCGCCUCUCGAUACGCUUCUCACGAGCUACAUCCACGGUUCUCAAACUAUUAUUUAUGUCCGCGGAGCGGACGUACCUUCAUUGGGCACUCCCCAAUGGAUGACUGAUAUCCUUAAGACUGUGACCCUGCCGCUAUCAUUUACGGGACAUGCACUGGAUAAUCUUAUCAAGAAUUUCACCAUGACCAAUGUUCAUUUCACACUUCCGAAUCCUAUGGCGGAGCCGGAUAGCCCCGAUGCUCGACCUACGGUUUCCGCUCUGGUAAAAGUGUUGAUUAGCGUACCAGAACAGAUGGACUUUGACGUAGAAGUCCCGCGCGUCCGAGCAAAAGCCGAUGUUUAUUAUCACAAAGAUAAACUAGGUAUUCUCGACCUCAAGGAAUGGCAGCCCGCCAAUUCAACUCUCAUCCGGGAUCUUGACAAUACCACUGUUCUUCAGGUAAAAUUUCCCAUGGAUAAGGCACCGCUCGAAGUGACCGAUGAGGACGUAUUGACCGAUGUGCUUUCGAGCUUGAUAUUUGAAGGGAAGUCCAUAAGACUUAUGGUCUCCGCAAAUGUCGAUGCGGAGAUAUCUACUGGUCUCGGGGCGUUCGCCGUUCGCGGUAUCCCGGCAGACGGCAAACUGACUGUAAAUCCACCCUUCGGCGGGUCCCCGUCCCGGCCUGACGGCUUGAAACCACAAGUACAGUCUCUCGAGCUAGGGACCACAACGGAGACCUCGCUCCUUGUGAACACCAUGGUCAACUUCACAAACCCUACUGAAUACUCAGCAUCGGUGCCCUUUCUCGACUUACUGAUAGUCUACAACGCUACUAGCGUCGCCCAUAUAACGGCGAAAGAUGUCACGAUUGUACCCGGUACAAAUGCCGGUGUGAAUAUCAACCUCCAAUGGGACCCGCUCGACCUUGGUGGACCGUCAGCUGUCCUUGCUGGUCAAGACCUAAUCUCGCGAUUUGUAUCAGGCCUCAACACCUCUGUAACGAUGAAGACCCACCAAGGAACUGUUCCGGCAUUACCAAGACUUGGACAGGCUUUGUCCAGGCUAGGAUUCGAGGUACAAAUGCCUAAAUUAACACCCGUUGGGAAUCCCGACGGUGAUCCAGGCCAACCUGGCCGUGACGAUGGACAUAAGGGCUUCAUACAGGAUGCUACGCUGCACCUCUGGUCAUCAACAGCCGAGUUCGCGCUCUUUUCGCCACUAAACCAUACAAUUCUGGAAAUUACAUCGAUAGAAGCACAAGCGUUCUACGAACAUGACCACGAAGUCGGCGCUAUCAACUACUACACUGCUUUCUCUAUUCCGCCUGGUCUCUCUCAUUCCCCGCGGCUCCCCGUCGAGUUAAAUCUAAGCGGCAUCGGAUACGAUGCAGUCAAGAGGGCUGUUGGUGGUACGCUGGACUUGGAUACCGUGGCUAAGGUGGGAGUUCGGAUAGAAAAUUAUAAUAACACGGUCAAUUAUCAUGGGAAGGGCAUUAAGGCGAAGGUUAAACUGUGA